AUAGAAAAUCUAGCACUAAGGAAGUCAGCUUGGCAGCAACAUAAUUUUACUGGUCAAGAAGUGAACUGGGGAGCAGCGAAGGCUGUGGACGGACUGUAUACUGACCGCUCAGCAGGAGGAAACCAAUGCACUAUGUCCAACACAGGUCAAACAACAGUGACGUGGAGAGUGGACCUGGGGAGUGUGGUCAGCAUCAGUCACAUUGACAUCUACUACAGGACGGAUAAUGUUCGGAGUCCCGGUGCGUAUUAUGAUCGAUUUGCUGGGUUCUCCCUCUACGUGUCCAACACUACGUCAAAGGAUGGCGGUCAUCUUUGUUUCCAUGAGAUACAGACUGUGGACGGUACACCAGUAGAGAACCAGACAAUAAGCUGUUCUGUUCAUGGACGAUAUGUGAUAUAUUACAACGAACGGAGGCCGGGUGUUAACUAUCCUAGUUAUUACUCACUACACGCAUAUAAUGAACUGUGUGAAGUGGAAGUUGAAGGAUGCUCUGACCCAACAUCAUACGGAGUGAACUGUGAUCAACCGUGUCCCAACAGAUGUCAAGAGAAAAGGUGUGACGUCAUUACAGGACAUUGUCUGGGCUGUAUACCGGGAUAUCAAGGUCUUCACUGUAGUCAGGAAUGUGACGACCAAAGAUACGGACCGGAGUGUUUUCUAUCAUGUGGUAACUGUAGUGAUGGAGUGACCUGUCACCAUGCCAAUGGCACGUGUCCGAGGGGAUGUAACGAGGGAGUGGAGGGGGAUAAAUGUCAAACACAAUGUCAACCAGGGUUCUAUGGUAAAGACUGUAGGGCGGCAUGCAGCGACAACUGCUUUGUGACCAAUCGAUGUAACCGAUUUACAGGGGAGUGUGAUGGAGGCUGUAAACCGGGAUGGCAGGGGGCACGGUGUGACGACAAAUGUCAGCCAGGGUAUUAUGGUAAAGACUGUAUGGCGGCAUGUAGCGACAACUGUAAUGUGACCAAUCGAUGUAACCGAUUUACUGGGGAGUGUGAUGGGGGUUGUACAUCAGGAUGGCAGGGGAAACGGUGUGACGACAAAUGUCAGCCAGGGUUUUAUGGUAAAGACUGUAGGGCGGUAUGCAGCGACAACUGUUAUGUGACCAAUCGAUGUAACCGAUUUACUGGGGAGUGUGAUGGAGGCUGUAAACCGGGAUGGCAGGGGGAACCGUGUGACGACGCGUGCCUACCUGGCUUUUAUGGGAAGAACUGUGGACAGAGAUGCAGUGAGAACUGUAACGUGACAAACCACUGUAACAUAUUCACAGGGGAGUGUAACGGGGGCUGUAAACCAGGAUGGAAGACGCCAACAUGUCAGCAAGAAGAGUUAUCAUCCUGCGCUACAUGUACAAGUUCUAUGGAUGACAACACCGCCAUCAUCGUGAGUUUCGUAGGAUCUGUUUUCAUAGUGCUCAUCGGAAGUGUCAUCAACUUCCUAAUAUGGAAGAGAAAUCAACUCGAAAACGUAAAGAAAGGGUAA